AGAAAGGCGGGGGCGGCGGCGAGCAGGCUGGCCGGGCCGGUGGUUCGUCAGAGCGUGAGCGCCUGCCUGCCUGGCUAGCGCGGAGGCCGCCGGAGGAGCAGCAGGCAGCCCGAGAGCCCGCCCGCGGCAGCUGCCGCCUCCUCUCCGCACGCCGACGGGCCACCGAGCCUCCCUCCCUCGCUUCGCUUCGCUUCGCUCCGCUCCCGCUCCGCCGCCGCCGGCUCCCGCUCGGGCCGCCGCGUCCCGGGGAUGGCGGUGCUGGCCCUGGCCCUGGAGGGACUCGCCAUCUUCGGGCUCAUCCUCUUCGUCGUGCUCUGGCUCAUGCACUUCAUGUCCAUCAUCUACACACGCCUCCACCUCAAUAAGAAAGCCACAGACAAACAGCCAUAUAGCAAGCUUCCUGGUGUUUCACUUCUAAAGCCGUUAAAAGGUGUGGAUCCUAACCUGAUCAACAACUUAGAAACCUUCUUUGAACUGGAUUAUCCAAAAUAUGAAGUACUACUCUGUGUACAAGAUCAUGAUGAUCCAGCUAUUGAUGUCUGCAAAAAGCUCCUUGGCAAAUACCCGAAUGUUGAUGCUAGACUGUUCAUAGGUGGCAAGAAAGUUGGCAUCAACCCCAAGAUUAACAACUUAAUGCCUGGCUAUGAAGUUGCCAAAUAUGAUCUCAUAUGGAUUUGUGAUAGUGGAAUCAGAGUAACGCCAGACACUCUGACAGAUAUGGCCAAUCAAAUGACUGAAAAAGUAGGCUUGGUCCACGGGCUUCCCUAUGUUGCAGACAGACAGGGGUUUGCUGCUACCCUUGAACAGGUUUAUUUUGGAACUUCACAUCCAAGGUCAUAUAUUUCAGCCAACUUAACUGGCUUUAAGUGUGUAACAGGAAUGUCAUGCUUGAUGAGGAAGGAUGUCUUGGACCAGGCUGGAGGACUGAUAGCUUUUGCACAAUAUAUUGCUGAAGAUUACUUUAUGGCCAAAGCUAUAGCUGACCGGGGCUGGAAAUUUGCGAUGGCCACACAAGUUGCAAUGCAAAACUCUGGUUCAUAUUCUAUUUCUCAGUUUCAGUCCAGAAUGAUCAGGUGGGCCAAACUGCGAAUUAAUAUGUUGCCUGCCACAAUAAUUUGUGAGCCAAUCUCGGAGUGCUUUGUUGCCAGUCUAGUUAUUGGAUGGGCAGCUCAUCAUGUGUUUAGAUGGGAUAUAAUGGUAUUUUUCAUGUGUCACUGCUUGGCAUGGUUUAUAUUUGACUACAUUCAACUAAAAGGUGUUCAGGGUGGUGCUCUGUGUUUUUCAAAACUUGAUUAUGCAGUAGCUUGGUUCAUCAGAGAAUCCAUGACAAUUUAUAUUUUUCUAUCUGCUUUGUGGGACCCCACUAUUAGCUGGAGGACGGGACGCUACAGAUUACGGUGUGGAGGCACUGCAGAAGAAAUUCUUGAUGUAUAGCCACAGCUUUGUAACUGUGAAUGUCAAAAAGAGAAAGGGGGAAGAAAAGUAUUAUAAAUUGUUUAUAGAAAUACUUUCAAGAAGAUCUACCUUCAGUAGUUUUAUUACUUGUAUGUUUUGGUAUCUGUUCUUUAAUUUAUUUUUGCAUGGCACUUGCAUCUGUGAAAAUACAUCUGUAGUCUUGGCCAAAUGGUACCUUGCUCCUAUGUACAAAUAGAAAUGGAGAGAAUUGGUCCUGACAUCUACUUCUUAUAGGAAUGCUCUGCAGUGAACUCUGGAAAAAAAAAAGUAUCCUCCUAUCCUCCUGGAUAUGAACAGCUUCUUACUCCAUGGUGUGCUAGCCUAGCAAAUCCAGGAUUCACAUAGCUAUUUUCCAGCUGGAUUAUACAAGGCUGUACCUACUAAAAUCACAGAAGUACAGCUCAUUUCUGUUCUAUCCCACUAAAUUGAUCUAGUAACACGACCUGGGAAAGAAGCUCUUAAAUGCUUUAUGCCUACCUCUUGCAGUUGCUGCAGAACAAAAUGAAUGGAAAGGUAAAAACGCUUUGCAAAAACAAACUAAAGUAAAGCUGGAGUCUUGUGUUUAUAUGUGUAUAUGAAAUGCUUUAGUCAUUGCAAUGAACCAAAAGUGGACUGAGUUUGACAGAAUGAGUUGGAAGGAAUUACUGGUCAGGCAUGUAUCAUGGGCAUCUUUUGGCCAACGCUGAUCUGGUUCUGUCUUGAACCUUGUUAAGCACUGUGCUGUAACUAGCCAAGCUGGUCCCCUUCAAUAUUUCCAUCCUUUUUUAAGGGGUGUUUGUUUUUUCCUGUGAGUGAAUGCUUUGAUGGGGAGGGCGGGGGGAGAGUGUGUGUGCGGGGGACAUAGUAGGGGGUAGAAGGGAGCAGAAAUACAUUUCAGAAACAUUUCACACAUGAGCUAUUUUCUUACACAAUGUCUUAAGAAUGUAAUUUCAUGAUGCAGGUAUUUAAUAUCUUUUUAUAGUGAACAUACAUACCUAUACUAGUCAUAAUUAAGUAUUCAAUUGCAGUAGAUAUUAUGAAUAUAUUAAAGGGCCGGGUGAGUUUGCUGUUACUGAUUAAAAUUGUAAUCUUAAUUUAAAUAUCAAACUAAGUCUACUCUUGGCUUUUUGCCUUCUACUGUUAGUCUAGCCUUUAAAUUGGACUUUUGUAUUCCAGUGGUAUGACUAAAAGGACUAGAUUAUAAUGCAUGCCGUGUUUUACCUCCCUCUGCUCCCUGUAGCUUGGUUUCCAACCUCAUUGUGAGACUUCCUAAUUUGUGGUGAACUGGACUGUUUUCUUUGAACACUUUUUAAUUAAAAAACCACAGCAAAGCUAGAGAGGGAUGUUGCAUAAGCCUUUUGUUUUCAUAAUUGUAUUUAUGCUGCUUUACUUUUCUUAUGGAAUAGCAUAUUGUCACCAUGAAUGUAAGCUGCUAAUUAAAAGGCUAAUGCCAACAAAGCAGCUUUAAAAGUUGGAUGAUAACGUGUAGCAUAUUAGCAAUAAUGACAUGUAUUUAUAAAAAUUGACAUUUUUACCUUACUGAGCCAAUCCCUUACCUGUCAUAUGCUACACAAGUGUAAUGUGUAUGUAUGUGUCAUAAAACAUACUCUGGGCCAAAAUGUUUCAUCCACCUUAAUAUCUCUUUUGCCUUAUGGUACCAUGGAACUCUUAAUUGGUGUUUCUGUAUGAACAAAGGCUUUUGAUGCAUGCUUCAUUCUUUUCAUGUGAAUCAGGAAGAAGUACUUUUCCUGAGGAAAGUUGCACACUGAAAGCUAGUCUAGUUGUGACCCACGAAAACAUUCUGGUUUUAGUGUAGUUUUUUACAUAGUUGAAGUUUGCUGACAAUGUUUGUAUCUUUGUUUGUUUCAUGAAGUUUGAUGCCAUUCAUUGCACUGCUAAAGUGAAGCUUAGCUUGCAACUUAGCUUUAUGCUGAUUUCUAUGCAGGCAAUGGAACAGAACCAAAAAUAAAAGGCUGAACAGACUUUAUUUUUAAAAAAAUUAGGUGGGGAUAAUUGUUUAACAGGUGCUUUUGUAUUAGUAGAGCCAUCUUUGGUCAUGAAAAAUAAAGCUUCAUUUAAGCAAACAGUUUCAUUUGGGAUUGUUCAGUUGAUUAUGAAAUGGAAACCAACACUGUCAAAUCUUGUAGAAGAUGCUGCAACAGAACUUCUAAAAGUUAAAAAUGGGUAAUGUAAAGUUGUGUUGAUCUACAGAUGUGUAGAAUAUACCAUGUUUAUUUAAAAUUGUCUUGUUUUUUCUCUUAUUUAAAAAUAAAUUUUGAAUACAA